AUGCGGAAGAAGUCUGAUAAUGUGGGUUGCCUGGCCACUCGGCAGAGAUACCUAGUUCUUCUCAUAGGUUCUGCUUGUAUCUCAUCCAUUGCAUCAAAUCUCACCGUUAUCAAUUUCACAAUGAUUUGCAUGAACACAUCAAACCGAACGGAAUUUGGAGCACCGCCUGAGACAUUUUGCUAUUCUAAUCGGCAAAAGUCGAUAAUCAUGUGGGCCGCUGCUAUCGGAACUCUUCUCGCUGCUUGGCCUUUUCAUUGGUUCUAUCAGAAGUUUGGGGCUCGUAUGGUAUUCUUCGCUGCUGGAGUUAUUUCUACAAUCUCCACUGGACUCAUGCCACUUUCAGCAGCUUUGGACUUUAAAUUGUUGAUUCUCAGCCGAUUUUUCCAGGGAAUAUCAUUUGGUGCUGAUUUUGCGGCGAUUGGACUGAUAGUGGUCAACUGGGCUAGCUUAAAGCAACAUGGAUUCUUUAUCUCGCUUCUUUCAUCGUUCUCACAAAUUUCCGUAAUGUUCACAAUGCCGGUUGCCGGCGAGCUUUGCGAAUCAUCUUGGGGUUGGCCUUCGGCGUACUACGUGCAUGCCAUUGUCAGCGGUGUCCUCUUCAUUCUUUGGUUCGCAUUCUAUAGAAAUAACCCCACGAAGCAUCCACUGAUGACCGAUGUUGAAUUAGAAAAAAUCCAUAGAGGAAAGGGAGAUGUGAAGGAGCACGAGAAAGCACCAAUCAAAAAAAUCAUGAUGAACCCAGUGAUGUGGGCUGUUUGGCUCUCCGCGUUUGGAGAAUUGAUGAUGUCUCAAUUCAUUGUCAUGUAUGGACCAACAUUCUUGAAGGAGGUCCUUGGAUUCGCUGUCAACCAUACUGGAUACUUUGUUGCUAUUCCACGUGCUCUCCACUUGGCUUUCAAAGUCUUUUCGGGAAUUGCCAGUGAUCGUAUCAAGUUUUGGUCGGAGAAAACCAAAAUGCGUAUUUUCAACACUAUCGCGCUCAUGGUUUCCGGAGUAUUUUUCUGCAUUCUUGGAUUUUUGCCGCGUGAACACGCCAAUUACUCUCUCAUCGCAUUGUUAAUUAUUGAAUGCUCAACUGGGUUCAUUUGCGGCGGAUUCUACAAAUGCGCAACCCUUGUUGCCCGACAACACUCUCACUUUGUCUUGUCGCAGAUUCAAUUUAUCAAGUGCGUCUCGCUCUUUAUUGAACCCUUGUUGGUGUUCCUAAUAUGCCACAAUAACACAUUGGCCGAAUGGAGGAUUGUCUUCCUCAUUCAUGGAAUUCUCUUAAUCGUUGGUAAUAUGAUCUUCUGGUACUACGCCACUGAUGAACCAGCCGAGUUUACGCACACCCCAGCCGAGCAGGAACUCACCGAAAUCCCGCAAGAGCAAAGAAGACUCACGGAAAACGAAGUGAACUAA